AUGUCGGGCAGAGCGUCUCCCGCCCUGCAGAAGAGUGGCAGCAUCGGGCACGCAGGCAAGGUCAUGGCUGCGGGGCAACUCCCCAACAGCAUCAGCGUCCAGGGUGUCUCCUACACCAUCAGAGAGCGUGUUGGCCCAUGGUGGAAUUUUUCUUUAUAUUGUAAAAAAUGGACCCGGCAAAUACUUAAGGAUGUCUCAUUUCACAUAGAAAGUGGCCAGAUUAUGGGGAUUUUAGGAAAUUCUGGAUCUGGGAAAACAACACUUCUGGAUGCAAUAUCAGGCAGACUGGGACAUAAAGAUAACUUCUUUGGUGAAGUGUAUGUGAAUGGACGUCAGCUGAAGAGGGAACAGUUCAGAGAUUGCUUCUCUUACGUGCCACAGAAUGACACUUUGUUAACCUUUCUCACUGUACAGGAGUCUUUGACCUACACAGCUUUACUAACUCUUAAGAAAUGCUCCAACAGCUCCAUCAAGAAGAAGGUAGAUGCAGUUAUGACUGAGCUGAGUCUCAGCCACAUUGCUGACAAAAUAAUUGGAAGCCGGAAUGUCGUAGGAAUUUCUGGGGGUGAGAGGCGUCGGGUAUCAGUUGCAGCCCAGCUUUUACAAGAUCCCAAGGUCAUGCUACUUGAUGAACCAACGACAGGGCUGGACUGCCUGACUGCAAACCAGCUUGUCUUGCUUCUCUCAGAGCUUGCACACAGAGACAGGAUUGUGAUCCUUACAAUCCAUCAGCCUCGCUCAGAACUUUUCAAGUUAUUUGAUAAAAUAGCCAUCAUGAGCUUUGGAGAAAUGGUUUUCUGUGGGAACCCUAUGGAAAUGAUCUCAUUUUUUAGUGACUGUGGCUAUUCUUGUCCUGAACAAUCAAAUCCUUUUGAUUUCUAUGUGGAUCUGACAUCUGUGGACACCCGAAGCAAGGAACAUGAACUUGAAACCUACAGUAGGGUUCAGGAAUUUGUAUCAGCCUAUAGAAACUCAGAGAUCUUUAGCAAAGUACUGGCAGCCAUUGAAAAAACAAAGUAUAUGAAGGAGCUGCUACCAAUACCAUUCAAAAACAAAGACUCACCCAGUGGCUUUGACCAAAUACUGAUUCUUUUACGGAGAACAACAAGAAAUCUCUCCAGAGAUAAGAUAGGCAUCAUCAUGCGUCUCCUGCAGAACCUGCUGUUUGGCUUGUUUGUAGCCUUUUUCCUUCUUAGGCUAAGGAAUGACCUGGCCCAGGGAGCCGUGCAGGACCGUGUGGGGCUUGUCUACCAGUGCGUGAGUGCCCCCCCCUACACAGGGAUGCUCAAUGCUGUGGCCCUGUUCCCACCUCUACGUGCUAUCAGUGACCAAGAAAGUAAAGAUGGCCUGUAUAAGAAAUGGCAAAUGCUUGUGGCCUAUAUAGUCCAUAUCCUGCCCUUCAGUGUCAUCAGUGUGGCCAUUUUCAGCACCUUCAUUUACUGGACUGUAGGAUUGUAUCCUGAUGCUUCCAGAUUUGGAAUUUUCUUUGCUGUUGUCCUAGCAUCUCACAUGAUUGGUGAACUAAUAACACUUGUUAUACUUGGCAUGGUUCAAGACCCAAAUAUAGUCCAAAGUGGCAUUGUGCUUCUUAAUUCAGCUGGUGUGAUAGUGGGAACGGGACUAGUAAGGACCCUUGAAGAAAUGCCAACACCUUUGAAACUACUUAGUUUUAUUACAUUUCAAAGAUACAGCAGUGAAAUCCUUGUAGUCAAUGAAUUUUAUGGCUUAAACUUCACAUGUGGUAAGUCCAACAGUUCCACUGCAAAUAAUGCUGCCUGUGUUCUCUCUCAAGGCGUCCGGUUCAUUGAAGAAAACUAUCCUGGGGCAUUGUCCAGGUUCACAGCUGAUUUCCUCAUACUCUAUGCUUUCAUACCAGUACUUGUCAUUAUUGCAAUUCUAUGCUUCAAAUUAAGAGAGAAUUACUGACUGACAAUGAAAAAGUAGCAAUUCCAACAGUCUCUAAUAGUAUACUUUUUAAUAUAUUAUGGUCCAAGGCUUAUAUUGUUGGAUUUUAGAUAGAAUGUAAAUGAUUACACAUAUAAAGACAUAUCCAUCUUCUCA